AUGCAGUUUAGGCCAGUGCCUCUGCAUACAGGAGAAGAGGUGGACUACAUGCUCGCUCUUAAGCAGGAGCUGAGAGCCUCCAGCAAGAACCUGCCGUUCCACAUAAAAGCAGCCAGAACAAAGACAGAUGUGGCGCGUUACUCUGAUAAAUAUCAAAAUGGAGAGCCGAAGUACAACUGCAUUGAAUGGAGUCCAGACUGGAGCCGAAUGCCAAAAGAGCUUUGCAUUAAAGUACGGAAAACAAGUAAAACAGGUGCCAAACCACAACUCACACAAAAACCAAAAGUAGCUGCUAGAAAAGAAGAGGUUCUCCAAAAACUAGAGACACUUGAGAAAAGAGAACAAGAGCAGCAUUCUGAGGAAGAGGAGGGCGAAGAGAAGAAGAAACAGAAUGAGGAGGAAGAGGAGGAGCCGGAUGAAGACUAUGAUGGAGAGGAGCUUGAAGAUGAGACAGACUACAUCAUUUCCUACUUUGACAACGGAGAGGAUUUCGGCACGGAUAGUGAUGACAAUAUGGAUGAAGCUGUCUACUAAUGCAUUUAACAGGCUCUUCUCACUGGGGGAUGAAUAUUUCUGAGUGAGAGUGAAAGUAUGCAUUUCAAGAAGAAGCGUCUUGAUUC